AAGUACUCGACGAACCGAAAGUACUGGACCUGUCGUUGCCAGUCAAACGAAUAUUUCCACAGAAUCACCCAAGCCAUUGUUUGCUCCUAAAUCCAUAAAUUUCAAGAUAAAGCAGGAGGUUUCGAACUCGAAUCACGACGGUAAAAAACCCACAGAAGGACAGAGUAUCUUCGCUAUUAUGGGACAAAAUGCACGAGGAAAUGCAGAGAAAAAAUCUGCAGACUUUGCUCCGUUAGCGGAGAAAAUGCGUCCGUCGUCAUUGGACGAUUAUGUAGGACAAGACAAAGUGAUUGGAACCAAUACAAUGUUGCGGUCUCUGAUAGAAGCGAACGACGUACCUUCCAUGAUACUAUGGGGACCACCGGGGUGUGGAAAGACCACCCUAGCCCGGAUUGUAGCCAGCAAUGCUAAGAAGAACAGCAACAGUAGACUUAGAUUUGUACAGUUGUCGGCGACGACAAGCAACGUAAGUGAAGUCAGAGAAGUGAUCAAAAUUGCUCAGAAUGAGCAAACCAUGUUCAAAAGAAAGACGAUUCUUUUUAUAGAUGAAAUCCACAGAUUCAACAAGUUACAACAGGACACGUUUUUAAUGCACAUCGAGAAUGGUACAAUCACGCUAAUAGGAGCGACAACUCAGAAUCCAUCAUUUCAAGUUAACUCGGCACUACUCAGUCGUUGUAAAGUGGUUGUACUGGAGAAACUCUCCAUACAGAGUAUGGAAAACAUACUCACAAAAGCCAUCAAGUCAUUACAUGGGUGUAUACUGGAAGAGAAAGAAGAGCCAGCUACUGCUAUAGAGAAAUAUCAUCAUGCUGAAAGGCCAGAAUUAUUUGUUGAAAGAAACGCUUUGAGUAUGCUAUGUAAUCUUUGUGAUGGUGAUGGGAGAGCUGCUCUUAAUUGCCUAGAGAUUGCAGUCCAUUCACAAGUAGCUUCACAUCGAAGUGGAGGAUUAGACAAGAUGAAUAGUGAUUACGUUGUUGUUAAGCUUGAUCACAUCAAAGAAGGGCUGCAGAGAUCACAUAUACUUUAUGACAAAACGGGGGAGGAACAUUAUAAUUGCAUAUCAGCAAUGCAGAAAUCUAUCCGUGGUUCCGAUGCCAAUGCAUCAUUGUACUGGGUAACAAGAAUGUUACUUGGAGGUGAAGAUCCCUUGUAUAUUGCGCGAAGACUUGUGAGAACUGCUAGUGAAGAUAUUGGUUUAGCAGAUCCCCAUGCUGUUGGCAUAGCAGUAUCAGCGUACCAAGCAUGUCAAAGUCUAGGAAUGCCAGAAUGUGAUGUUGUUUUAGCCCAGUGUGCCAUUUACUUAGCAAGAGCACCAAAAUCAACCGAAGUAUAUAGCGCCCUCACCCUGGCGAAAAGCAGCAUCCAGGAACAUAAUGGGCCACUACCUUGUGUUCCGUUGCAUCUGAGGAAUGCGCCGAACAUUACAAUGAGGAACCUGGGAUACGGGAAAGGGUACAACCCAAGGAGAGCCAUGGUAUUCAUGCCUCAAGGAAUGCAAGGUGUCAACUUUUUUAGUUAA